AUGAAAGAUACUCAUUGGGAUCCGAUUUUCAAGCAGCUUGCUCAAUUACUAUCAAAUCGUCUAUUAGACGUGCGCUAUUCCCGAACAAAUCUAUUAGCCGACCUAUGGGGAUCGUCAAAACUGCAAAAGGUUCAACUUGAAGGUGAUGCAAAUCCACGGAACAACUAUAAGCUGGAUGCUAAUGGUGGUAGUCGACCUUGCUCAAAAAUCCACCUGUUUCUUAAAUAUUUCCAUGAAAAUAAUAAUAGUUGUGGGGGAACGGAAUCACCGUGUAUAGUAAACUGGGAGAAUGCUUCUCUGGUGACUAAUCAACGAAUGCCUUCGUGUUUCAUACAGCCUUGUAUUCAGAGAGAACAAAAGAUAUUAGAACCGUGUAACUGUUCGAUUAAAUCACAAAACAUCAUAUAUCACAUUGCUGAAAGACAUAAUCAGAAUUUCCCUGUCAAUUUAUCGCAGUGUUAUGCAGCAGAUUUAUCUCCUAAUUCACUAUCAAAUAUUCUUCCCUUGAUACCUGCAGUUUACAACCCACCGAUACUAGAUCUUCUUCAAAUGACUGAUUAUACAAAGUCGUCUUUGUGGAAUGUGAAUCGUUUGAUAAAUAUACACAAUGACCUAAACCGUCAGCUGUUAACGUUUCCAAAUCUCCAGGCCUUUAAUAAUCUAUUUGGUAUUUCAAAUAAUACUCUAUUUUCCAAUAAUCUAAAACACAGAGAAUACCAAAAUCUUCUUAAUCUGGUCAACAUCCUGUUGUUCUCAAAGUACCAACAUUUACUCACAGAACCAAGCCAUACAACACCAUACAGAAACCCUCAACAUAUAAAUCAAUUAUUACAGACGAUUAAUGAACUAUCGAUAAAGGCAGCAGACAUAUCGUUUAGCAGACUAAAUUGUCCUCAAGACGAAUCAAGCACUAUUUUAAAAAGAAUCUUAUCAACACCAUUGAAGACAUUUAACCUUUUAAAUAGCAGAGAUAAUUCUAAUUUCGAGUAUAAUUUUCCAGUCUAUAAACCAUUAACGCAGAUUAAUAAUUUUUCAAGUGCUAACAACAACCUAAUGGGGGCGAAUCAUGUUCCUUUCUUUCACCAUCAUCCUAUUCAUCUUCAACCUCAGGUUGUUAAUGUUUUAUAUCCGAAUUCAACUUCUGUGGAACAAUUAAAUUUUCUUUUGAAAACUGUUUCCCCGUCAGAUAAAAGAUACUGUCGUCUUGAUAUGUUAUUUGUGCAAGAUGAGGCUAAGACUCGAUUCAUGUGUAAAGUAAGUCAAUAUUCUAUUGAGGAGAAAAGGUUGUAUAAAGUGUGUAUGAGUGCGAUUCAUGAUUUUAUUGAUCUUUCAAACCAAUAG